AUGGAGUCGUUAAUAAGCGGGGUGGAUUUGUCUGAAGAUGAAGCUGAGGCCUCUCUUGAUUUCUUGUUGGACGGUGCUGAUGAGGCUUUGAUUAGCGCGUUUUUGGUGCUUUUGAGAGCUAAAGGAGAAACCUAUGAAGAAGUAGUUGGGCUAGCAAGAGGUAUGGUAAAACACUGCAAGAAAGUGGAGGGACUUGUUGAUGCUGUGGACAUUGUUGGGACUGGCGGUGAUGGAGCAAAUACUGUGAAUAUCUCAACCGGGGCCUCGAUUCUUGCUGCAGCUUGUGGAGCCAAAGUUGCUAAGCAAGGUAAUCGGUCUAGCUCAUCUGCUUGUGGUAGUGCCGAUGUACUCGAAGCUUUGGGAGUUGAAAUUAAUUUGGAACCUGAGGGGGUUGCUAGGUGUGUCAAUGAAGUAGGGAUCGGCUUUAUGAUGGCUCCAGUUUAUCACCCAGCAAUGCAAAUCGUUAGACCUAUCAGGAAAAAGCUCAAAGUGAAGACAGUGUUCAAUAUCUUAGGCCCCAUGUUGAACCCAGCUAGUGUCUCGUAUGCCGUUGUUGGUGUGUACAAGGAAGAAUUGGUGCAUAAGAUGGCAAAAGCACUUCAAAGAUUCGGCAUGAAAAGAGCACUGAUUGUUCACUCAGAGGGACUGGACGAAAUGAGUCCACUCGGGCCCGGAUUAGUCCUUGAUGUAUCUCCAAAUAAGAUAGAGAAGUUCGAAUUUGAUCCAUUGGAUUUUGGUAUUCCCCGAUGCACUCUGGACGAUUUACGAGGCGGAGACCCUGACUACAAUGCUGAAGUUCUUAAACGCGUACUGUCAGGAGAAAAGGGCCCUAUAGCCGAUGCAUUGUCGAAAUUCUCCAUGGUCCGACUAAAAGUCGUCGGAAUCGGGGUUGGAGAUCUUGGUUUUAGCCAUGAAAUUUAG